GAUUGUAUUCUUUUGAUUAUUGACAAUGUCUAUACCUAUUUCAAUGGAGAGAGAAGACGUGUAUAUAUAUAUAUAUAUAUAUAUAUCAUCUUAUAUUCAAUCAUUUAUACAUAUCUAUAUAUGAAAACCGUCAAAAGUAUCCCCGUCAAGUAUUCCAGUGGACCCACUUUCUUCAGUCGGUUGAUCGGCGUGCCAACCACUCAGACUGGGAGUGUCCAGUGUACGGAGUACUCCGUAGAGCAGUACUACAGACACAUACUCCGUAUCAAUCCUCCGUUGACCUUUGCACUUCGACGUGGACAAAACCAGAACAAACAGGACAAACAGACGGUUUGUCCUGUUUGUAUCACCCUACUCCUCUCAGAAAGGUUGAAGAACACUCCCGUCUAUCAACAUCCUUUCUACCAGUCAUUCAAAUUAUAUAUAUAUAUCUAUAUUGAGAACAUGACUAUCAUCUUCAACUUAUAUCUACUGGUACCCAACCUAAGGUACCAAGCAUAAACUCCGUGCAGUAUGGAGCAUCUAGUAGCGCCCGCCUCCACCACGCUAGACCGGAUCGGGCAAAAUCAAAACAAACAGCAGUUCGUCCAUCUCAUGAAGACCAUCAAUAAGAUCAGUUAUAGAGUGGGACAGAUCAAUGUCCAGUAUCCACAGACCAUAAUACCAUGGUCAUUCUACCUAAAUGUUAAUCCAAU